AUGGAGCUCUGUGGAGAGCCACGAUCUACGACUAGGAGGAAGCGCAAGGCGGAUAAUUCUUCUGAUGAUAUCGAAGAUGGUGGUGUCGUAGAAGAACAAGGUGGGGAGGAAAGCGACGCGUCCAGCCACGAAGAGGGCCAAGAAUGGGAUGUUGAUAGCUUCGAUGAUGGAUCCGAUUACAGACCCAAAAAGAAUCUGGAUCCCAACGAUGAGAUAGGUCAAAAGAUGCAUCGAUAUAGGUCUCAGAUGUACCGGAGCAAGGGUUUCGAGGUUGAUAGAGAAAACUACCCGGGGAGUGUGAUUUACCGACCACUCGGUCCCAUUGAUCUCGAUAAACCGUUUAUGACUACUGGACUUACUGGCCGGGAGUACAUGCAAAGCAUGGUUGAUCUGUCUCUCGAAAGAUACAACAGAAUCAAGGGAACUAGUGUGUCAUGUGAGCAUAUCGUGAGGACUAUCACUGCUUUUGUGUCUGGGCUCAAAUGCUACAUUACCUUUAUGGCUAGAGAGUCUCCCAAUGGACAGCCUGUGGAGUAUCAAGCCAAAACAGAGCAGAGAAUUUGGCAAAAAAACACUCACGUCAUCUUUUGUAGGCCAGCUCCAAAACCCAGAGAUGAUGAGUUUGUGUACGCGGAUACUUCUAGUGAUGAGGAUAGUGAUGUGUCCAGUCGAGGAACUGGCCAAGAUUGGGACGUUGAUAGUUUAGACGAGCAACCCGAUUACAAAUCCCCGAGGCAGCAGGCUCCCCACGCUGAGGAAGAGAACAGAAUGCGUCUAUAUAGACCUAAGAUGCACAAGAGCAAGGGUUUCAAUGUGGAUGGAGAAAGGUACUCUGGGGAAUCGGUCUACUUUUCUCCUGUCAACCUUGAUGAAGAGCUGUUAUUCACUGAGCUUACAGGUCGCGAAUACAUGGAAAAGAUGGUUGAUUUGGCUCUCAGAAAAUACAACGAAGUCAAGGGAACCAAUGUCACAUUUGGACACAUUGUGAGGGCUAACUUAACUAGGGUGGAUGGAUACAAGUCAUACAUCACUUUCAUGGCUAGAGAGUUUCCGGGCGAAGAGCUUGUGGAGUAUCAAGCUAAGACUGAGAGGAAGUGUUUCACCGAUCAGUCUCCCCUUCGCCGGACUCCGUCGCUUUCGAUUUUCAAGAUGGGUGACAAGAGGAAGAAGACGUUCAUGUUCAUACGUCUAGUUUCAGCAGCUGGAACUGGAUUCUUCUAUGUCAAGAGGAAGAGUAGCAAGGGACUUCUUGAGAAGCUUGAGUUCCGCAAAUACGACCCUCGUGUUAAUCGCCAUGUCCUCUUCACAGAGCAGAAAAUGAAGUGA